AUGAUUGUGGACCCCAAGAGCAUGAAGCCCGACGACGCGACGUGGGUACUCACGUCGUCUUUCGUUAUCUUCACCAUGCAAACAGUUCUCUUAUAUGCUCUGACCUCUGUGGCCCCACCUGUACUUGGUGGGCAAUUUUUUUUUUUCGUGUGCUUUCACUGCGUACAACUCUCGUCGCCGUCGCUCACAGGCUUUGGUCUGCUCGAGUCCGGUUGUGUGUCAAAGAAAAACGAGGUGAACAUCCUGAUGAAGAACGCCGUGGACGUGGUCCUUGGCGGCUUGACCUACUGGUGCGUCGGCUACGGUCUGCAGAACGGCCGAGGUCCCGGCACCAACCCGUUCUGCGGCGUUGGCUCCUUCUUCCUGGACGCCGGCUUCGAGGUGAUGGGCGAGGAGUUCGCCAUGUUCAUCUUCCAGCUGUCGUUCGCCACCACGGCCACCACCAUCGUGUCGGGCGCCAUGGCCGAGCGCACAAAUUUCCACGCGUACUGCCUUUUCUCGGCACUCAGCACGCUCAUGUACUGCAUACCCGCCGGCUGGGUGUGGAGCAGGCACGGGUUCCUCAACCGCAUCGGCGUCAUUGAUUUCGCCGGCUCGGCCUGCGUACACUUGCUCGGUGGCACGUCAGGGCUGAUCUCGGCCUUGGUGCUCGGCCCUAGACUCAGUUGGGACCGGCACAGCAGGCCGCGCAUGGGCAACCCUACGAACGCCAUGAUCGGCGCAUUCACACUGUGGUGGGGCUCACUUGUCUUCAACAGCGGCAGUACAUUCGGCAUAUCAGACGAAAAAUGGCACUUUGCUGCCAGGUCUGCGGUCUCCACGAUCAAUUCUUCUAUCGGUGGCGGCCUCGUGGGCACUAUUGCAACCUAUCUGGUUCACAAGAAUUUUGAGAUUGAAGACAUCAUCACUUCCAUUCUUGGCUCACUAGUGUCGAUAACAGCCGGUUCGGCCUUCUAUCGUUCCUGGGAAGCGUUGCUGAUCGGCGCCGUGGGCGGUCUGUGCACAACUCCGGUGCCGUCUUUGAUGCGUCGCUGGCUGAGCAUCGACGACCCCGUAAAUGCCGCGGCCAUUCAUGGCGUGGGCGGUCUCUGGGGCAUGCUGGCUGUCGGCCUGUUUCUGGACACAACCCGGUACCAGGGGCUGCGUUACCACCGCCUCGGUCUCUUCAAGGGCGGUGGUGGGAGUCUUCUCGGCAUCCAGUUGGCUGCCUGCCUCACCAUCAUCGCCUGGAGCGCCGGCGUCACCUUCCUCGUGCUUAAGUUCAUCAACAAAGUGACGCCUUUACGCAUGCGGCCAUGUGACGAGUUGCUGGGAGCGGAUUUUGUGGAACACUGCAUCGAUCACCGGGAGCCCGACCAGUCGUUCCCGGCGACCCAUCUUUGCCGAGAUAUGAGCGCUGGGACCGAGCCUCCAGACGCAAGCCUGCUCCAUGCCGAAGACGAGGGCGAGACCGACCAAAAGGAAGACAUCCCCGUCGAGUGCAAUGACAUGGAACGCGCUUCCAGCGCGGGAGACGUGUCUCCGGUGGGUUGCGCCUCGCCGGACUUCCAGCGGGACGCACCGACCCCUUUCUGGGAGGCCAUGGGCGCCGAGUGCCACGAUGGCCUGGCCAACAAGGAGUCACUGAACCAGCAGGAGAUGACCAUCAGACUUGUGGCCAACUACAGGAGCAACUGCACCAUCACCUAGCCCGCCGCCAUUGCGGCUCGCUCGGCCGUACCGUCUACCGACGUCCUAAAGGAGCAGCAAGGGCUUACGUGAAAAACUGGCGUUUCUGUUUGCGUUCAUUCUAAACGGAGUACACGUCUUCGGUUAGGUCUUUUCUUAGCACUGGGGUGCAUAAUCGACUCAUUUACGUUCCCUGCGUUUUCGUGUACAGCCAGGCCUAGAUGAGGCAGAUCGCCACUCGUGAUGGUCUUUACUACAUGUGCUUCGCGAAGUCCUCUCAUUAUUGGGGACAGGACUCUGAUUAUUAACAGGUUGUUCCCCUGCGCUUCCUCUGUCGUUUCCUACCUCAGAAUGCACGCACGGUGUCAAAAUAUUUACGGUUUUUAUCACGGCUCGUUUUCCUCUUCAAGUAGUACAAUGAUCACCGCCGUAAAAGGCGCCAUGUAUCACUUCCGCCCUUUUGGUGUUGUUCCCCAAAUCUAUCUAGAUGUCUAAUGCAAAAGAAAAGAAAAGUACUGUUUAGUAUAUCUUCUUCGUCGAUGUGUACACUUAUGCUAGUGUCCCAUGGGGCAUGUGGAAAAUCGAGAUAACUGUAAACGUUGCCACUUGAGCAAAUUGUUGACACAGCCGUAAUGACAAAAUGGCAAAAUGAAAAGACCAGAAUUGCCUACCCUAAAAGAAUUGUGUUCUACUGAUGCUAUUUUUUUGUAAAGGCUAGCUCUAAGUUUAAAAAAGAUAAGUAAAAAAAAGCAAGUGUUUGCGGAAACGAUGCUUGUUCGCAAACAACGCAUGAGUUCAUGUUAACAACAUAAACUCCACACGUUUGUCCAUUCGCUGACUGAUCAAUGUGCAAUCGACAGUGAUGUAAAAGGGGGAAAGCAAUAUAUUUUUAAACGCCAUAACUUGUGGUGAGUUGGUUUAAAUCUAGGAACUUGAUACGCACUAAUUAGUUUUCCUGUUGAACAUUUAGUGUAAUUGAACACUUUUAUGGAGCGCAUGCGUGUUAAGCCUCCUAUGGGCGCAUGAAAAAAAUUUGGCGUUCCCCUCCAUAUUGCUGACGACUGUGCAUUAACCAGGCUCCAUUUAAACACCUAUCAGCACCUUUUUUUAGAUAUAUUGUAGAACCGCGGAGUCUCCCGGUGAUCUACAGUUGGUUCCGUCCUACGUCUACUACACUGCGCCUUAUGAGAGCAAAUGUGAUAAAUCAAUUUCAUUACUCUAUCUAAAUCUCGGCCAUCCUCGACUUACUUUCCCUUAAAUUAAUGACGGUUUACUCGAUUAGACCACUGGUUGCAUGUUCUACGAGUAACAUUACUUGCCGAACUUUGCUUCCUCUCUGGAUAAACCAUGGAAUAUCACACACACAUGUUGAUCUAAUUCAUUAUUACAUCGUUUAUCUGUUAUAACUUUACAACCAUAGAUGUCUUCCUUCGCUUAAUGCUUUUUCUAAGAUUAAUUUUAGGUCUUAUAUAUAUUUUCUUUCCUACGAACAGUGGCUUCGUAAAUUGGUAUUGAUAGAAUUCAGUAGUUACUACAGCUCUUUUGAUUUCACGGAUACUAGUUAAGCUGCACUUCGUGGCUUGGAGCGCUUUUCGAAUGCACGACUGCUCGUUUUCAUAUUUCUUUAGGUUUCUUUCGCAUUGUGCAAAUGUCUUACACUACUUAGAUAAAAUGAGUGCGCUUUGUCACCAGUUUCGGAGAUGGGCAACAAUCCACAAAAAAAUUUUCCCUUGUCAGGAUGCUUUAGCGCAUCAAGUUUCAAACGUAACCUAACGUUGUCGGUUAAGGCCCUCAAUCAUUUGUUGCAAAUUAUUUCCAGAUUCAUUUAACAGCACAUAGUAAUUUGCAACUACAGCCGCUUGUUAACAUGAUCACUGUGUGUUCUCGUCCGCAGUUCUUCUCAACAUGAUGCUUUCUACACCUUUUGUAGACGUCGUAUAGUGACCAGUGACUGAGGAACUGUGUCUUCCUGCAUGAAGCCCUCGCGUCUCCGUAUUUACCACUUCUCUGGACAAUGCGUGUCGUAUAAAUGUAAUCCAUGUAUAUAUUUUUUAGCAUAUCCACGUAUACCCCAUGUUGGCAUGGUUGCAUAUAUCGUCACUGAAUCAACCCUCUUUGAUUAUCUUGAUAACAUUCCGCAGACUUUUCUAUAACCUCGUUAAUAAAAGGAAUGCGAUCUAUUCAUUAAUAUAUCUCCUAAGUGUCAUGACGUUUUUUGGUUGAGUAAAUGCACGCAUUUCUUCACUCGCUGUUCUAUUAAAAAUUGUCGUCUUAAUGAAUAUGAUACAAAUGGCAAACGAGUGGUUUUGUAAGUCGCCCGUCUGACGUUGCCUUUCUUGUGCAGCAUUGUUGUGUUAGUAUUAUCCCGUAUCUCCUGUACGUUGCAGCUUAUGAGGCAUUGCUCAUAUAAAGGCUGUGAGCUUUUCGAGCACGAUGUAUUCGCCUUCUUCAUCAGACUCGCCGAUAUUCUGUGAUUUCCUGUGGAUUAUCCGCUUACAAAGUCCUCCUACUUCAACGGCUUGGUCUUGGGCUUUCAUGUCUUUGCCGCAGUUCCGUCCGAAGGCUUCUUCGUUGAUGACUUAUAUUUCUUGUCAUCACUGCAAUUCACUAUGAAAUUUCUCCGCACCUCAUCAAAAUCUCCGAUGUCACUGCUACGACCUGGGCAUUAUUUAUCCUUAUAUAUGAAUCUAGAAUAUAGUUAGCGUUUAUAACUAAUCUAUUUAUGCGCGUUGAGCCGAAAAGUACAAAAGAUGUUACAUCAGCACAUUAAAAGAGCAUCCUUGUCAUUUCUUAUGCAUCAAGUACAGAUACAGAACAAUGCAUGGGCAUGACCGGGUCUCCUAAAAGAAUUCAGGCAGCUUCGGUGAAGUGUCAAGCUGUCUCACUUCAAAAGAAAAGAGCAAGCAAUUUCAGUGCCUCACCACGUUGUUUGUGGCCAUAUGUAGGCGCACUAUACACAUUUAUCUGUCAUAAACAUGUGCGUUAUUUUUGUUACAUCUUCUUUUGUCAACCUGGUUGCAAAGAGUUUGAAACUAUUCAUGAUUUAACACCGUGAGUACACCGACCUCAAUGUAAUGCAGCUGUUCUUGUUUAGAAAACAUUCAACACCAAGCAUCUGUCAUCUUGCAUUCAAAUGUAUUAAAGACAAACAA